AUGGAGAAACAAGAGGGUGAAACUAUCCACAACAAUAUGGAAGAAAGAACCAAAGUAUUCCCUUGUAUGUUCUGUUCAAGGAAAUUCUAUAGCUCACAAGCUUUAGGAGGCCAUCAAAAUGCUCACAAAAAGGAGAGGAUUGCAGCAAGAAAAGCCAAGAGGGUAACUGAAUAUUCUCUCCUCAACGCGUACUCGCCACCAUCGUCUAUGUCGUCGCUAUUUUUUUCCGGCAACCACCACCAGCAACAUCCCCAUAUGGCCCUCCUUAGUAGCCCACCCCCACCACCAAUUUACAUUGCCUCCCAUGCUUCCAACAUGUCUCAUUUUCCUACUAAUAAUCAACUUUGUGACCCAUUUGGGCCUGGUGGGCCGACUCGAUUUCCUAAUAUGAUGGUUUAUAAUAGUAAUGGUGGGAGUGGCCCAAUUAAUCCUUACUCAUCAUGUUGUGAAGAGGCCCAUGACCAAAAUAUGGGAAAUUGGCAAAGGGAGUUGAGGUUUGGUGGGCCCAAUAAUACGAGUUCAAUGCAAGUGUUGAAAAAGAAUAUGGAGACUUUUGGGAGAGAUUGUCAUAAAGAGAUGGAAAUGAAACUUGAUUUGUCUUUGCAUUUGUAA